GAGAAUAUGUAUUAAAAUUUGAGGACACAUGGAUAACUUCCCUAGCGAGCAGAAGCAGCCAGGCUCAUUUUAAAGGGCGAUUAGGUUUGGUUCUCGAAAGCUUUUUGUUCUUUUUUCGUACCGUUGCAUUAUUUUUGUGGCUCUGCAUUUCUCAGAUAGAUCAUUGUUAAGCUAGCUUGAUUUUUGAUAUUGGAAAGCCUAGAUGGCAAAGAAGAAGAAUCCGCUGGUUUUUAUGGACGUUUCAAUUGAUGGUGAUCCUGUAGAAAGAAUGGUUUUUGAGCUGUUUGCUGAUGUUGCUCCUAAGACUGCAGAAAAUUUUCGAGCACUUUGUACAGGGGAAAAGGGAAUUGGUCCAAAAACUGGGAAACCACUGUGCUAUAAGGGGUCCUUUUUUCAUCGCAUCAUUAAAGGUUCCAUGGCUGAGGGUGGUGAUUUUGUGAAACGAGAUGGGACUAGUGGUGAAAGCAUUUUUCAUGGAAACUUUCCAGAUGAGUCACCCAGGCUAAAACAUGAUGGACCUGGUCUCUUGUCUAUGUCUGUUGCUGACCGUGACUCAUUAGGAUCUCAUUUUAUCAUCACCUUUAAGGCUAAUCAUAAUCUUGACAGGAAAUAUGUAGUCUUUGGGGAGCUUGUGCAGGGGAAAGAGGUAUUGAAAAAAAUUGAAAAUGCUGGUGAUGAAGAAGGGAGGCCAACUGUGACAGUGAAGAUAAUCAAUUGUGGUGAAUUUGGUGAUGAUCAAAGGAAAGGAAACAAACCGAAGAUGGUGAAGGCUGCUUCCUUGGAUGAUAGCAAUGAUGAACUGAGGAGGAAGGGAAAGAAUAAAAAAUACUCUAACAAGAGGAAGAAGCGGAGAAGAUACUAUUCCUCUGAUUCAGAGAGUUCCUCAGACUCAGAGAUGGAUUCGUCUGAUUCUGAUAGCGAUUCUGAUUCAUAUUUGUCCUCCUCGUCUGACAUUAGUUCUUCAAGUGAUGACAAGCGUAAAAAAAGAAAGAGAUCUUCUAAACGGGACAAAAAUAGACGUGGAAAACGAAGGGAUAGACGGCAUGACAAGAAGCGGAAGAGGCGUGAUAGGAGAUCCAAGCGCAGAUCAAGGAGGUCAUUGGAUAGUACUACAGAUACUGGAAGUGAUAGUAAAAGUUAUAGCAGCAGUAAAGAUGGUGAUCUUGAUGUUCAAGCUAAAGAUAAAAAGCGGAAGGUCCCUACUCAGAAAUCUGUUGGUAAUAGGUCUGCUUUACCUGUGGAAAAGGAAGCUGCUUCCCUCCGGCAGCAAAAGAGGGAGGAUGACAUGUUUGAAAAGGAGGGUGAAGAAACUCUCAAGGAAAAUGGGGAACAGCAGAGCAAUGGCAUUGGAGCAGAUGUUAAAUCUGACAGAAGUACGGAUAGACAACCUGAUGUGGUAGAUGAUCACCCAGGAAAAUCUAGGAGCCGAAGCAUGAGUCCUAGGAGGACCAUGAGUAAGAGUAUUAGUCCCAGGAGGAGUCUGAGCAGGAGUCGUAGUAUGGGUAGGACUCCCAGUGUGAGUAGAAGCCCACCUCAGCUGAGAAGAAGUAUCAGCAGAAGUCCUCUUCGAAGCAGCAACAGUAGUAGCCCACCUAGAAGCAACGGUAGAAGCCCAUUGAGGAGCAGAAAAGAAAGGAGCAUCAGUGAGAGCCCAGUGAGAGUUCGCUCUCGGAGAAGCUUGAGUCAGAGCCCUGUGAGGUCCCUAUCCCGAAGAACUAAAAGCAGGAGCCCUCAGAGGACAUCAUUGCGAAAUUCAAUUAGCAAAAGCCCCAUAAGAGUUUCUAAAAGAAGCAUAAGCAGAAGCCCAGUUCGAUCCUCUUGGAGAAGUGUAAGUAGAAGCCCAAUUCGAUCUUCUCAGAGAAGCAUUAGCAGGAGCCCAGUUCGAUCCUCUCAGAGAAACAUUAGCAGGAGCCCAGUUCGAUCCUCUCGGAGAAGCAUAAGCAGAAGCCCAGUUCGAUCCUUUCGGAGAAGCAUAAGCAGAAGCCCAGUUCGAUUUUCUCGAAGAAGCAUAAGCAGAAGUUCAGGCAGGGCUGCUUCCCGGAGAAGUAUUAGUCGAAGCCCAAUUAAAACUCCAAGCAGGACUAAUCGUCGCACUUACUCUAGAAGCCCUAGUCCUGUACGUAGGGCAAGGUCUCCCUCUGAUCGAAGAAGUUUGUCCAGGAGUGUUUCCCCUGAGGGCUCGCCCAAGCGCAUCAGAAGGGGUAGAGGUUUCAGUCAACGUUAUUCGUAUGCUCGACGAUAUCGAACCCCUUCACCUGAUCGUUCUCCAGUCAGGUCUUACCGUUAUGGUGGUAGAAGUGACCGCGGCAGGUAUUCAAGUUACAGAAGGUACUCACCUAGGCGAUUUAGAAGUCCUCCAAGAGGAAGAACUCCACCCAGAUACAGAGGCAGGAGAAGCCAGAGCCGUAGUCUAUCUGUAUCACGUAGCCCUCGUUACCGAAGCCGUCGCUAUAGCCGUAGCCGUAACUCCAUCAAUGGUCGGUCCCCAGCUGAGAUGUCUAGAUCUCGAUUGUCUCCACGGACUGACAGGAGGAGGUCACCUUCUCGUAGUAGGAGUCCUUCAGAAUCUAGGUCUUCUUUGGACUCUCAGUCACCAAAGCGGAGUAGCAAAGCAAGGUCAAAGUCUUCUGAUAGCCCAGAUGGGAAGAAAGGGCUGGUCUCUUAUGAAGAUGCUUCUCCAGAUUCAGGCGGUGAACCAUCUAAAUAAUUGUCGUUUGUCAUGGUGUUGAGCUGGCUUGUGACUUUUUUAGUCGUAUGACUUCUAAGUGCUGGUUACGCAUAUUAUGCUUGGCAGAGUUUCAAUUUUUAGGUGAUGGAACAUGCAGUUUGGUUUAGAUUCAGAUUUGGUUUGUUGUUUAAGAGUAUAAAUAUUCGAAUAAUGACAUUUUUGGUUUCAGAGACAAGAAGAAAUUAAAGAAAUAGUUAAGUCUGGUUGUCCCACCUAUGGGGCUUGUGACAA